UCAUUAAAAUGGGAGCGAAAUUGGCUCCACGCCUGUGCGCAUCAGCCAAAAAGCCGGUGCCCGCCGUGAGCAUACUGUCGUUUUCAUCUUUGAGCAACUGAACGGCCGCGCUGCGCUCUGCACCAUCUUCAUCAUCACGCUCCCGAUUUCGACCUCUGAAGAAGACGAAGAAGAAGAAGAAGAAGAAGAAGCUUUUCUCGAUUACUUAUGACGGAGGACAGUGGCGUUAGGGUUUCCUUGGACGAACCCAGCGCAGUUCCCAAUAUCGAUUCCUCUUCCCAAACAAAGCCAAGAAAGAAAAGAAAGUGGGAUCAACCUGCGGAGUCCUUUCUUUCUACUGGUAUUGCAGUUCCAGGGGUUCUCCCGUCAUACAACAUGACACCCCUUGGUGGGGUUGCUGUCGCCAGUGUGGCGGCAUUGGCACAAGUUUCUUCAGUCAACUGUGCAACCAUAACCCAGUCGAAGAUACAAGAUGAAUUAAUUGCAAGAGAAAUAUCAAUAAAUGAUGCAGAACCUUCUGUUCGGUACAAGCUCACAAAACGUCAGACCCAGGAGGAGAUUCAAAGACAAACUGGUGCUGUGGUGAUAACGAGGGGCAAGUAUCAUCCUCCAAACACGCCUCCAGAUGGCAACAAGCCACUCUAUCUUCACAUCUCUGCCGGAGUCCAUUUGAAAGAUAUGGCAGAAAGGAUAUUAGCUGUUGAUCGAGCUGCUGCCAUGGUUGAAGAAAUGCUGAGACAGGGUCAGAAUGCUGUGCCAUUGUCUUUUAAUUCUUUAAACAAUGACUUCAAGGUUAAUCAGCCAUUGACCACGAGUGUAUUCUUGGGCUUUGACACGGACCCAUCUAUGAACAUUGCUGCUCGAAUACGGGGACCAAAUGACCAGUAUAUAAAUCACAUAAUGGCUGAAACAGGAGUAACUGUCUCUCUCCGAGGACUUGGUUCGGGAAGUACUGAAGGUGCAUGUGAAGAACCAUUGCAUUUAUUCUUGUCUAGUAACAAUUUCAAAAGUCUUGAGGAUGCCAAAAAUUUGGCUGAAAACCUGAUGGAUACAAUCAGUAAAGAGUUUGGUGUUUCAAGGGUUUCAUCAUGUAAGGUUUAUAGUGCUGUUGCACCUCCACAGCAGGUUUAUGGAGCUGUUCCACCUCCACCACAGGUUUACGGAGCUAUUCCACCUCUGCUUCAGGUCUAUGGAGCUGUUCCACCUCCACCAAAGGUUUAUAAUGCUGUUCCACCUCCACUGCUUUGUUCAACACCACAGCAGUUGUAUACAGGAGUUGAUAGCUUGGGAAAUGAGACGAGUACAAGUUCAGCUUCCAGUUCGAUCUCGUCAGCUUCUCCAACCAUAGUCUCUCAAGUUUCUUCUGUUAUACCAGGAGCUGCUCCUGUGAUCACUCAAGGUUCAAUAUUACAAGCUGGAUUGUCACAGUCUCAAUCAACUGCCAUUAGUUAUUCCAAGCCACUUAUAUCUAGUGGGACAAACUAUAAUGGAUAUAGUGGAAUAUAUCCUCAAGCGACACCUUUACAACAAGUUGCCCUAGCCCUUAAACAAGUAUCUUCAACUACCAUGUCUGUAGCUGUCCCAAACAGGUCAGCACCGAGCAUGUCGAAUGUGAGUGUUAGCACUGAUGCAGAGAAAGAAAAACGUCCUCAUCAGAGGCGUAAAUUUCAAGAGCUACCAAUUUGUGUGCAGGGUUCCCCAAUAAGCAAUCAGGAUUCAAAACUUUUGAAGCCCUCAAACAAAUCAGCAGCAGAUACCACUGUGAGAAAUGUAUCAAAUAUGCCUGCUCCUAGGAAGCUAGUUCAGCCUUCAUCCAAUGAAAUGCCACCACCUCGGCCCCGAUCCAUGCCACCUCCACCCACACCAGUAAAGUCUACAUCAACAGUUAAGGUUAUAGUGCAAGAUAAGGAACUAUCGUUGGACACAAUAAAACCUGAUAUUGUCUCAGAUACAUUAGUCAAGCUAAUGGAAUAUGGAGAAGAAGAAGAUGAUGAUGCAGAGGAAGGCGUUGAAUCAUUGAACAGCAAGAACUCCACUGGUGGCUUGGCAAGUCGAAAACCUUUCUGGGCUGUGUAGAAGUUAAAAUGGCGUUCAUUAGUGAGAACAUUUUCAUCAUCUCCUAUAUACUUUUGGACUAAGACGUGCUGUCGACGCGUUUCAACCUCUCAUGCAACAUGGUUAUGCAGUGGGGGAUUAUUUGUUUUGAUGAAGUGUCGAAGUGGUCAUGGGUCGUGUUAGAAAUUGUUGUAAAUUGGUAGUUUUCCCAUACUAGGGUUGAAGUUGAAAUGGAAAGAUACUACUUUGUAAGCUUACAACAUUCGUUGAUCACGUAUAAUGCUUGAAGUUCGACUGCUAUAUUUCCCGAGCGAUUAAGCAGCAGCCCAGAAUGAAGGUGGGGAAGAAAUUUUGAAUGCAUUUAGCAGCAAACACACAAAACAGAAGCAAAGCAGUGUGCAUUUAAAAUAAAUGUUUCAGCUUUCUUAAGUGCA